CCCCCGCCACCCUCCCCGCGUUCCCCCUUCCUUGUCGGAGACGAAGCUGACGCCGUUCUCCUACUUCGCGAGCGUCCUCCAUCCUCACUGACACGAUGGAGCUCGAAAACCCUAACAGUGGCGAGACCGAAGGAUCCUCCUACUCCCCGAACCCCGGCAACAGCGAAGAGUUCGAGAGCGCAUGCUCCACACCUUUCGCCAGCGCCCCCUCCAGUCCCGGCCGUGGCGGUUCCGUCGGCGGCGGAUUCUUCUUCUUCAGCGCCCCCUCCAGCCCAAUGCACUAUGUCCUCUCCUCCUCUCCCUUCUCCGCCCCUGACUCCCCGUCCGAACCCGCCUCCGGCGACUUCUCCUUCGAGUUCGAGUUCUCCGCUCGCUUUCCUUCGCAUUCGAUCGCUGCCUCGGCCGACGAGCUCUUUCUCAACGGCCAGAUCCGCCCCAUGAAGCUCUCCUCGCACCUCCAGCGCCCGCAAGCCCUGGCUCCGCUCCCGGAUAUCGGCGACGAAGAGGAGGACGAGGACGAGAGGGAGGGCGCGCGAGGCAACCGCGAGGCAGCGGAUAUCGGCGUCCGUGGGCGCGAUCUGAAGCUCCGGAGCCGGUCUGUCCAUCGAAGGUCCAGAUCGCUCUCCCCGCUGAGGAACCUUCCGUUCCGGUGGCGGCUGCAGGGCGCAGAUCGGGAGGAGAAGGGUAAGGAUCUGGACAAGACCCCAGAUCCAGAGCACAUCGAAGCGGAGGAGGCCCCUCCGCCGCCCGUUUCGGCUUCCUCCCGCUCCUCGUCUUCGUCUUCGACGUCUUCCUCCUCCUCGUCGGGUCGGAGCUCCAAGCGAUGGAUCUUUCUCAAGGAUCUCCUCCACAGGAGCAAGAGCGAAGGGAGCGGCCACGGGAAGGACAAGUUCUGGCACGGGAUCUCCUUCUCAGCAUCCAAGGACAGGACGAAACCCACUCCAAUCUCGAAGCCGGAGAAGAACCCGCCACCCGCACCCCCGUUGAAGCCGCAGGCGCCGCUUCCGAGGCCGGCGAAAGGACUUGGAAGGCGAAGACGGGCUGCGCCAUCGCCGCACGAGCGGCACUACACCGCGAAUCGCGCGCAGACGGAGGAGAUGAGGCGACGGACUUUCCUGCCCUACCGGCAGGGCCUCCUCGGGUGCCUCUGGUUCAGCUCGAGGAGCUACGGCGCCAUCCACGGCUUCGCCAGAUCCCUGAAUCCCGUUCCGUCAAGGUAACCCGUUCCGUCUUCUCUCCGUUAUUGCCGUUAUUGUCAUCACCACCCGAAAGAAGAAGCCAAUCGAGUUUGUACAGUACAUGGGGGAGCUCGUCCAUCUUGAUUACUGCGUUGUAGUCUCAAAUCCUUCACUAAAUUUAGAGAAAUCGAAGCCGUCGAUGCGGGUUUUAUGAUUCGCAUUCUCGUU